ACUUGGGUAUUGUCUCAGCUUUCAAACAUUACAAUGGAUGUGUAUGAUGACGAAAAUCUUGAAUUGUACAAAGAAAAUCUGCAAGAAUGCGAAUGUCGUCUUCGUUCGCUCGACAAGAAAUUCGACGAACUUAGCGCAUCCGACAGGAAAGCGGAACUGGAAGCGAUAUUUGCUCUUCAUAAAUCCAUACGCUUCGGUAGUUUACUGUUACCUGAGGUGAAAACGUGGACAACCAACAACAAUACACUGAACAAAUUGCUGAGCAGAUGUUAUGCUGAAGAAGAGGCGCUUCUCAAUGAUGCUAACAAGUCGAAUACUGGCAACUCAAAUGUGGCUAAAGAAGCGGACGUCAACAAUAAUUCUGUGGAACAGGAAGCGGAAGACAACCGUAGUGCUGUGGACAACGGAGAAGCGGCCGAAAACCAUAAAACUGUGGACAACGAGAAACGCUCAGCCGGUGAUGGUGGUAUCACACCGGAAAUGAAAAGAAGAAAACACUUAAAAAAGGAAAUGUCACACAACUACUUCGGAAAAGAAGCAGCAAUUAUUUGGAAACCCGGUUUUUACCGUAUAUGCUUCAAAUUCAAUAAUUUGCUACGUAAUUGCGGUCUGCUGCUGUCUGAUUGGUGCAACGCCAAGCGGUACGUAGAACCGCCUUAUUUGGUUGACGUGCCGAACAAAUCGUCGUUACCAGGUCCCAGAAAGUCUUUGAGGUUCUUCAUUUGUGGCUUACCUGGUCAAGCGCUAUAA